CUUCUCGGAGAGGAUGCCCGGAGCGGCUGCAGGGACGGCGGCGACAGGAGCAGGCUCGUCAGGAGCAGCAGCAGCGGGGAUGCUCCCGGCUCAGGAGGCGGCCAAGAUCUACCACACCAACUACGUGCGGAACUCGCGGGCCAUCGGCGUGCUCUGGGCCAUCUUCACCAUCUGCUUUGCCAUCGUCAACGUGGUGUGCUUCAUCCAGCCGUACUGGAUCGGGGACGGCGUGGACACCCCGCAGGCGGGCUACUUCGGGCUCUUCCACUACUGCAUCGGCAACGGCUUCAGCCGGGAACUCACCUGCCGGGGCAGCUUCACGGACUUCUCCAGCCUGCCCUCGGGAGCCUUCAAAGCUGCAUCCUUCUUCAUCGGGCUCUCGAUGAUGCUCAUCAUCGCCUGCAUCGUCUGCUUCAUCCUCUUCUUCUUCUGCAACACAGCCACCGUCUACAAGAUCUGUGCCUGGAUGCAGCUGACCUCGGCUGCCUGUCUCGUCCUGGGUUGUAUGAUUUUUCCUGAUGGCUGGGAUUCAGAUGAGGUAAAACGGAUGUGUGGUGAAAAGACAGACAAGUACACGCUGGGGGCUUGUUCAGUCCGCUGGGCAUAUAUCCUGGCAAUUAUUGGAAUCUUGGAUGCCCUGAUCCUCUCAUUUCUGGCAUUUGUGCUUGGAAACAGACAAGACAGCUUGCUAGCAGAGGAGCUCAAGUUGGAAAACAAAGAUGAUGGAAAUGCUUAAAACAAGUUAAGGUAGUAUGACACAGACUAACUCCUACUAAGCCAAUCCUCACUAGAAUGAGCACAAAACAAAAUGAAUAACAGCUUUUGUACAUCAACAUUAAAAUGGGAAGGAGCUUGGGAAAGCCUCUGACAGAGAAGAACGCUGACGAGUGCAAAAAUGCCUGAUGGAUAAGCACCACCUUCUAAACAUAGAUCAGCCAGACGUGGAAGUGAUUUUCAGAAGAGAAAUGCAAUCAUGGAUUACACACCAGCUCAUUAGAAACUGUUGCUGAAUACAGCAUCCAGAAGACAUGCAUGAAAAGUCACAUUUGGGGAAUAAAUUAAAAGGGGUGUAGUUGUUGCUAGAUAAACAUAUGUAAUAUAUAUGCAUUGAAGAGGUUUGUAAAUGUCAUUUUUUUUAUUCGGACGGAAAGCAAAAAGCUUUAAAACCUUUCACAGUAGAGAGGCAGUUAACUCCAGACUAUUCUUAUCCCAGUAGCCAAGAAGCUGAUAGGACAUCUCUCUUUAAUAGCAUUCAUAGACUCCGAAUGUUUCCAUCACCUAGUGGAAAAAGCAUAACUUUUACUGCUACAUUGCUGCACUUCAUUUACUUCACUGUAUAAUAAGUUGACUAAAACUGUAAAGCUUCUCAAUUUUUACUGCAUAUGUGUUCCAAUUAAUCUGUCUGUAACAAACUUAAGACUCAAAAAUUGUUUCUGACCUAUAUUCUAGUUCUAUGAAGCAUAUAUACUAUAAGGUAUGUCUGACUGAAUAUCAUAAUACUAUAAUUUCCCAAGAUGCAGAGAAUUGUUUGCAUUUGAAGUGACAAAAUAAAGGCCCUUGAUUUCCUUUUUAAUAGGAGAAAAUAAUUUAUCCCUUAAAUGUAACAAACAGCUGAUCACUCCAGGGGCAUUUCUGUUCUUCUCUUUGUUCUGCCACGUAGCUGCUGAGCGGUGCUCUCUGGCCUGUGCUAACGCCAGUCCGAUCAGAUGAUCUAAUGAGCCCUUUUGGCCUAAAGUUCAAACUCAAUAAGCCCCUGAGUUUAAACUCAACACAAAAAUUAAGAGACUAGUAAGCAAAUAAAUAUUGCAAAUAGCCAUGUGAGGGAUGGGUGCACGGAGGCCCAGGGUGCUGGUGGGGCUGGUGAUUCUCUCCACAGGGGCUCAGCGGGUCCCAAAGGACACUCUCACUUCCAGAAGCCACUGAGAAGUAAAACAGAAGUAGGCACAGAAUAUGAAGAAAGAUCUCACAGCAAAAUGCCAAGCACCAGGCACAGAGCAACAGAGGGAAGCAGGGAGCCCCUCUCCUCUGCUCCUCUCCAGCACCUCCCAGCAAAGCAGACGUCUAUCCUGGCUCAGGUCUGGGCAUGUCUUCUGCCCUCUCCUGUGUAUCACAGAUGAAUCCAGCCCAAAAUGAACACUGCAGUGCUAGUUUCUUCAGGUUUUUUUAAGCCUGUUGCUUCAUUCUUUGGCUUUCAGGGGAAAUGGCUAAAAUAAUAGUUAAUUGCUAAAGUUGAUCCCCAGUAAUGCAAUAUGCUGAAGACAUGAGGUAACUAUGAGUUAAAACUGCUUUUUAACUAUUGGCUGCACAACACAAAUUAUUCUGGAAUUUAGUGCAUGAAUCUCAGAAAAUUUAUUUUACUUUUGAAUAAAAAGUUAUCUUUAAGCAGACUGCCAAUAAACAAACACAGGGAAUUAGAUAACUCUUCUAACUACCAAGGCCCCAAUGUGCUGCUGCUUGUCUUAGAAACUGAAUGCUGAAUGUGGAUGUCGGUCAAGUAAAUUUGUGUGAAUCUGGGCAGCAUUAAAAACAAACAAACAAAUAAAGCAAAAAAAGAAACCCACCACUUUUUUUAAUGCAAAACUGCUCUUGUAUCUGUGGGUAGAAAACUCUCCUGAAUUCUACAGGACCAGUGUUAGAUCUGGUCAAAAACCCCACCCAAAUCAGUCAACCACCAUAAACACAGUUUCAGUACCUGCUGCUGACCCAAGGUAACGGAAGGUAAAAAUCAAGCAGUUUACACAUGAGGCUGCAUAAACGCAUUAAGGGCCCACUUCAGACAGGUUUUUAAAUCUGUGAUUAGUCCAACCACUGUCAGCUGGAAAACGCACAUCCUUAAGAGCCGGGCGCAUUCAGGAGUCCCUGUUAAAUUGUGUCUCAGUGAAGCCCAUCCUCAUUCACUGCUCUUGUCGGCUCACAGUCACACUCACACCUCAAAGCCUGUGAAAGGGUUUGCUAUCUGGAUGUGCUAUUGUAUCACCAUCUUCAUUUGCUCCUUGAGUUUACCUCUACCCCACAUUAUUGCAGUCACGGCACUUUUGCUGUGACAGAAAUCACGGAAGCAGGGUUUCUCUGUAUUAUAUUAUUUUGUUUUGCAUCAUGGUGAUGGUGUAAUGUAAAAGCCCUUUUAAAUAUACACAAACAUUUCAAUAAAAGUGUCAUCUCAAUACAUCACAAUCCUGUCAGGGCAGCUCAGUGAAUAUUUACCAUUUGUACACAGUCAGAAGGAGAGACGUACCAGGAUGUACAUCAUUAAAUGUUGAUUCAGUAAGAAUAGUAUGUUUUAUCCUUUUAAAUGUUACCACUUUCCCAUCCCACUAUUGUAACUUGUCAAUUGUAAUUUUUUUUUAGGUCAACAAACUGUAAAGAAAACUGUUGAAAUACCUGAUUUUCUGUAAAAAAUAAUAACGACAAUAAUUUUUGUUACUUUAAAGUAUGCUUGGUAUUAAAUUACCUAAUAAAGUUCAACAAUGAAUUUUGUAGCAUACUAAAA